AUGUUUGAAUGUUUGUUCAUUUAUAGGAUACCACCGGCUGUUAGCAAAAGAAUCUUUUUAGGAAUAAAAUUUUCACCACUAAUAUGGCCACCGAAUCAAUUGAUUGGUUCUUCGGUUGGAAGCGAUGUAAUACUUGUCUGCAAUUUAGAGUCACAUCCGAAAGCAAUGACUUCUUGGGUCAGAGACAACGAUCGCGCGAUUAUUCACUCAAACGCCAAAUACUCGACUACUUUUGAAUCGAGUGAUAGUGAAUACAGAAGUGAAAUGAAGCUAAAAAUAAUAGACUUAAACCCAUCUGACUUUGGGACGUAUACAUGUCUGGCUAAGAAUAUAUUGGGUGAAGUGGAGGCUAGUAUUAAACUAUUUGAAACACCAAAGUCUUCAAUAGAUCCAAAGCAACAGACUUUGUUUGCAAAGGAAUCCAAGUCUCGGAACAAAAAUAAUGUGCAAACUAUGAGUUCAAUGGGUUUUGAUGACAGAGGAGAUGGAGAAACUAAUCAAAACCGAGCCAUAGUUUUGACGGAAGUAUUGAAUUAUGAGAUGACAUCCGAACACAUAACCCUUCAAACCGAAGACAGAGUUACUCUUAAUUCACACAAUCAUCGCACCGACAGCUCUACUAACUCUUCGGUCUCUUUAUUAUCU